AUGGUGUUGGGAUGGGACUACAAAUCAUCUGAAUUCACAUUACCAAGUACUAAAAACAAACGCUAUUGCCCAUUCGAAUGCAUCGAUUUGUUAACAACAAGUAAAGAUGAAUUUGGCACACAACGUGUAUAUAAAAAAACUUCACCGAAUUGUGUGAUUACACUUUAUCUACCGACACGCGAGAUAACACUAUCGGGCAGCAGUCCAUCCAUACUACGUGGUAUUGUUUUCGUUGAUCCAAAAGCUAUACAAGGUUAUCGUGUGUAUGCACAGCUGACUUUGACGUUUCGUUAUGGUCGUGAGGAUGAGGAGGUAAUGGGUCUGCGCUUUUGUAAUGAGGCCAUUAUGUCGUUACAUCAAAUAUGGCCACGCAACGAAGAACCUGCACGAGAGUCCUUGAGUCCGUUGCAAGAAGCACUUGUUAAACGUUUGGGUGAUGGUGCACAUCCAUUUACACUGAGUCUGACAUCCCAAGCGCCACCUAGUGUGCAAUUAGUGCCAGCAAAACGUUACUAUGGAGCACCGAUUGGUACUAGUUAUGAUGUCAGAUGCUUUAUAGCUACGACACUGACACAUUUAGCACGUAAGCAACAACAACAACCUUUUCGAAGGCGAAACAACGUUAAAGAAACUGUCAGAUUAAAAUCUACUUUACAUCGAUGCUUUUCUUGCUUUUAUGUAAUUUAA